AUGGAGAAACUGUAUCUGCAAGAUUCCAUGUUGACUGGCCAAAUCCCAAGCCAAAUUGGGCAGCUCACUCUCAUGAGAAGGUUCAAACUUCAAAACAAUAACUUCUCAUGUUCCAUUCCUCUGGAGUUGGAAGAACUGGCCAGCAAUCAUGCUCUGGAGCAUGUCGAUCUAGGAGGCAACAACCUGAUCAGUGGUGUGAUUCCAGAAGGACUCUGUCCUGUGACUGAUGAUUUUGAUGGAAAGUUUGAUUGCUCAGCUACCCUCUGUGGUUGUGAUUGUGCCUGUACAUAG